CCCCUCUCUCUCGCUCUCUCUCUCCCCCUGCGCCGCGCAGAUCCCCCAGUGCGUCCCCUCGCCAGGAGUGCGCACUUCAGGACAGAGGAUCGCAGGAUACUGAAAUAAUUCAAACAUAAUCCAUAGAGAAGAAGAAGAGGAGGGGGCAACACAAUAGAAAGAAGUUGUCAAGGGAAGAGGGGUCUCCCCAAAACCUAAGUCAUGAGUCGCAGCAUCGUGCGGCAGAGUAAGUUUCGCCACGUCUUCGGGCAGGCUGUCAAAGCUGAGCAGGCUUACGAUGACAUCCGGGUCUCCAAGGUGACAUGGGACAGCUCCUUUUGUGCUGUCAAUCCAAAGUUCUUGGCCGUCAUUGUGGAGUCCAGCGGAGGAGGAGCGUUUCUUGUCUUACCUCUCUCCAAGACAGGGCGUGUGGAUAAGAACUACCCGCUUGUAAUUGGCCACUCUGGACCUGUGCUGGAUAUUGACUGGUGCCCUCAUGAUGACAACAUCCUGGCCAGCUGCUCAGAAGACUGCACUGCAAUGGUCUGGCAGAUCCCAGAUCACUCCCUGACCCGCCCCCUUUCUGAUCCCGUCGUCGUGUUAGAGGGACACUCCAAACGAGUGGGAAUCGUUAGCUGGCAUCCCACAGCACGCAACAUCCUCCUCACUGCCGGCAGUGACAACCUGAUCAUAAUUUGGAAUGUGGGCACAGGUGAACCUCUCAUCUCCAUGGACGACCAUCCAGAUCUAAUCUACAGCGUCAGCUGGAACCGGAAUGGCAGCCUGUUUUGCACCACCUGUAAGGAUCGACGCCUGCGUGUAUGUGACCCUCGAAAGAGGGAAGUGGUGGCGGAACGGCUGGCUCCACAUGAGGGCAUCCGACCGAUGAGAGCCAUUUUCAUAAGAGACGGAAACAUUUUCACAACCGGAUUCACUCGGAUGAGCCAGAGAGAGCUCGGCCUCUGGGACCCGACAAACUUUGAAGAGCCUAUAGCACUUUUGGAGUUGGACACAAGUAACGGAGUGUUAUUACCUUAUUAUGAUGCAGACGCAAACAUGGUCUACUUGUGUGGAAAGGGGGACAGCAGUAUCCGUUACUUCGAGAUCACAGAGGAGUCGCCAUAUGUCCAUUACCUCAACACCUUCAGCAGUAAGGAGCCCCAAAGAGGGAUGGGCUUCAUGCCUAAGAGAGGAGUGGAUGUUACCAAAUGUGAGAUUGCACGGUUGUACAAGCUGCUUGAUAAAAAGUGUGAGCCCAUCACCAUGACCGUUCCUAGGAAAUCCGACCUAUUCCAGGAUGACUUGUACCCUGACACAGCAGGCCCAGAUCCUGCCAUGGAGCCCGAAGAGUGGUUGGAUGGUCGUGAUGAAGACCCCAUCCUGAUCUCCAUGAGGGAUGGUUACGUGCCUCCGAAGAGCCGAGAGCUGAAAGUGGCCAAGAAAAACGUGUUGGAAUCCAGACCCACCACCAGACGUAGCAUGUCCACCUUGGACACCAACAGCUUGCCUCCUCAGCUGCUUGAGAGACUCCUGGAGGAGCUUCAGAACCUGAAGGCCACAGUUUUGUCACAGGAGAAGCGGAUCUGUGACUUGGAAAAUAAGCUUUCCCAGUACACCAAUGGCACUGCUUGAUGCACAUGUGAACACAUCCCUUAAAGAACCAGUCUGAAUUUUAGAAUCACCGUUAUCAUAGAAAUGCGUUUUCACUGCACC